AUGCAACAGAGCACAAAUUCAUUAUUAUCAAGACUUUUGGAUGAUGAAGAUGACUUUGGUAAGGAUGGACUUGAUUCUUCAUUGUAUUUUGGAAUGCCAGGAGAUGAAAUUGAUGCACCAGGAAAUGAUGCACUAAAUGGUAAACCAGAAGAUAUUGGAAGUCAUUUUGAACGUGCAUUUUCUGUUCCUAUGCAAAAUGAUUUUUUAGCACCAUUCAUCACACCAGAAUCAGCAAGUUAUUCAUUUUUAACUCAGUCAUUUGAUCAAUGGAAUAACUCUCCUUCAAUUAAACAAAUAAAUUCACCAAGUACUAAAACAACAACUAUUCCAAUUGAAAGUCAUUCACCUGGAGUUUGUAAUUUACGUGCAUCUCCACGUGUUCAAACAUUAAUUAAUACUCCUCCAGCAUAUAAAAAACCAAUUCCAAACAUUCAAGGUAAAUACUAUAAAAGCCCUAAACAAUCAAAUAUUUUAUCAACUGUAAUGCCUAAAUCUCAUACUGUAGCUGAUUUAUGUAAGGAUCAACAAGGAAGUAGAAGAAUUCAACAAUUUUUAGACACAGCACAACCAAAUGAAAUAGAAGAAUUAUUUGAAUUUAUUAUUAAAGAUUCAUUUGAAUUAAUGACUGAUUUAUUUGGGAAUUAUGUAAUUCAAAAAUUAAUUGAAUAUGGUACUAUUGAACAUAAACAUCAAUUUAUGGAAAUAAUUAAAGGACAUGUUGUUGAAUUAUCUCUUCACACAUACGGUUGUCGUGUUAUUCAAAAAGCUUGUGAAUUUAUUAGUGGAGAAGAAUUAGGAAUUAUUGCUGAAGAAAUUAAAGGACAUAUCGUUGAAUUUGUUGAAGACCAAAAUGGAAAUCAUGUAAUUCAAAAAUUUAUAGAAUUUAUGCCAUCAACAUAUUCAUCACUUAUUGCUAAUGAAAUUAGUGGUUAUAUAAUAUCAUUUAGUAAACAUGCAUAUGGUUGUCGUGUUGUUCAAAAAUUAAUUGAACGUAAAGAACCAUUAAUACAAAAUGUUAUUACAUCAGAAUUAAAAAAUAAUAUUUGGGAUUUAGCUGUUAAUCAAUAUGGUAAUUAUGUUAUUCAACAUCUUUUAGAAAAUGGAAAUCAACAACAACAUAAUUUAGUUAUUUCAGAAAUGAAAGGUAAAUUCUGUGAGUAUUCAAUGAAAAAAUAUUCGAGUAAUGUUGUAGAAAAAUGUGUUCAUUGUUGUACUUCAGCUCAACGUGAUAAUUUUAUUGAUGAAAUUUGUUCUAAAAAAGAUAAUGAAAUGCUUCUCAAAUUAAUGAAAGAUCCUUAUGCUAAUUAUGUUAUUCAAACACUAGUCGAAGUAAUGGAUGAUGACCAACGCUCUAAAUUUAUUGAACAAAAUAUUCUUCCAAAUGUUUCAUCGUUAAGAAGAGUUUCAUAUUCAAAACAUCUUUUACAACGACUUAAUAUUCAAGUUGAAAGUUAA